GAAACCCAGACAUGGGGCUGUGAUGUGGUGGCCUCCUCCAAGAUUAUGGAGAGGUGUAUGGCUCUGGUUGCUUGGUAACCGCAUGGAGUCACCACCAGUGGUGACUACCAUUUUCCAAGACAUCCUCUACUGGAGUCAAAUGAGCAAGAGGGGAGCGGGACCUGGAUUCCGCUCUGUAGUAUGGGCUCCAUUGCUACUUUAUAUACUCAUCUCUUCAUCGUUCUAGUACUGGUGUCUGUUACAAGGUUGGACACUGCCUCUGAGCCUUGCCCAACCCCGUGCCGUUGCACCGUGGAAAUCCUCAACUGCAGCAGGACCACCAACCCUCCUGGACUACACCGGGUGCCCUUUCCCAAGGCAGCUGGUCACCCCCAUGUUUUCUUCUUCUUAGAUUUCACUGAUAAUGCAAUUUCUACUAUUGGAAAAGAAGUAUGGAGGGCCUAUCCUUGGGCUGAGUACUUGGUUCUCAAGGGCAAUAGCCUGACUCGACUGCAAAAUACCUCUUUAGAUGGCUUGCUUUCACUUACACACCUGGACUUGUCAUGUAAUAAAAUUCGGACCAUUGAGAAAAACGCAUUUGAACCCGUUCCAUUCUUGCAGUUCAUCAAUCUCAGUGGCAACAACAUUGGGCAGAUCACUCAAGGGGCGUUUGAAGCCUGGCAUGGAAUGCAGUUUUUGCUCAAGUUGGUUCUCAACCACAACCAAUUGACUGCCAUUGAGGAUGACCAUUUUUACAAGUUGCCCUCACUGAAGUUCCUGGACCUUGGAGCAACAGAAAUUGCCCCAAAGACAUUGGUGGGCCUGCUCAAGACCACCCUUCAGUUGAAAACGCUCAUCUUGCCCAAGAACAUGACCUGUUGCCUUUGCCGCAUUCAGAACGACAUUGAAGUUUUGUGUGAAUUUGUCAAGUUGGAUUGCUCUAAGCCAUGUGACACAAAUGUCACACUGUGUGCAGAGAAAGAUGAGGGUUUCCAUAAGAUGCAAGAAGAAGUAAUGAAGAUUUUAGAAACCAGGAAACUCAAUUCCAGCACCAUCCUGAACAUUCUUCCAGAGAGGCCUCUGCAAGAAAAUGUGUCUCUGGCAAUGCCAGUGAACCAGAGCCUCUCUCAUUUUGGCAUCCAUUUCAACAAACUCACCCCACAACUUUUUACCACUGUCAAGCAGUUAGGAAAGCUGAAAGCAGAUGACUUUCUGGAUGUAAAGUGGACUGACAAAAGUGAGCUGAAAAAGCUGUUCAUGUUGGCAAAGUUGCUGCAGACAGCUCUCAAAGAAAAAAUUGUUGAAUACGAAAAGGAGAAUGAAGGGACACAGGCCCCAAAUAGCACAUCUACAGAAGCUCCAAAAGAGACUGUGGCCCCUGCCCUGAGGAAGAAAAGAGAUGUGAGGAAAGCCAGGAAAGAAAACUGGUCUCGAAGUAGGAGAAAAUCACUUCUCGGAGUGGGCAGAAGAAACAGGCAGCAAUUUUCAAAGGUCCCAAUGCAAUAUGUGGAUAUGCCAGACACUCUAGAUUUGCCUGCAGGGGCUCAGCACUGGAGAAGGCUAUCAAAUGACCAAGAGCCUCUCAGGCCUCAUCAAGCAGGAGCACAUCAAUCCUCAUGGAAGCGCUCCAUUUCGGAGUCUUCAACAGAGACUCCUGCUUUGACGGCAUCCAUCUUGGUGGAUGACAAUGAUGACAAUGACUUGACGGGCAAAGUUGUCAUUAUUUUGAAACACGGCAACAGAUCACGGAAGCACAAGAAAAAGAUCACUGCACCUCCUGUCAAGAAACAGGAGGAAGUGGCAGCUAGCCAGUAUUCUCAGCCAGAGCGUCAACCUGCCCCAUUCUACCCAAAUGAACCUGUUAGAGGCAACAUGGAGAAUGGUGGGGGGCAAGUUGCAGGGAAUGUUGGAGAAUAUGUUGGAGGGAAUGUUGGACAAUAUGUUGGAGGGAAUGGUGGACAAUAUGCUGGAGGGAAUGGUGGACAAUAUGUUGGAGGGAAUGGUGGACAAUAUGUUGGAGGGAGUGGUGGAGAAUAUGUUGGAGGGGGUGAAGGAAAGUCUCAGAUGCUUUUAAAUAAGGAGCAACUGCUUAAUCAGCUCAUGCACAGAGGGCCCAAGCCCAAAAUCCCAGAAGACUCAGAAAACUUGAAUGAGCUCUCACCUGAUAUCACAUUGUCCCAUGAGACACACUGGGAGCAUCAUGAGUCAAAGACCUCUACUUCUCCCCAGCAAGACCUCAUGAAGCCUCAAGAUGACUAUCUGCGUCAGGGAGAUCUCUUUGAAGCAGAACUGAACAAGCGGCUGGCACCCCUCAUCCCAAAUGUGCCGGUGAGGAACCUCAUUUCCCAUGUGAUUCGUAUCCUGAAAAUGGACUGCACGGAGCCCACCAUCCAAAUGGCUUGUGCCAAGCUCAUCUCUAGGACAGGGCUCCUCAUGAAACUCUUCAGCGAGAGAGAGAACAUCAAGGAGACUUCUUCUCUGUGGAAGUCAUACUUUUGGCCUGUCAAAAACGCGACCACACCUCAGUCAAGAAAAAUGGGAAAACCUUCUGAUGAGAUAGCAAGGCAGGGUAUUCCAGAAUAUGGAUACGGCAACAAGCUGCUGUUGGCUAUUUCGGUGACAGCAGUGAUAAUGGUUAUUAUUGCAGUAAUAUGUCUGAUCGAAAUCUGUUCUCAGCGAUCUGCAGCUAGAAGGGAAGGCGGCGAGAAACGGGGUUUUCUGGGCAGAAGGAGCAAACUGGAAAAGCAGGGUUCCACAACCUCUUCAUUUGACAAGCCUCUCUGGCUUAAAGAUAUGGAUCAUCCUCUGGAUGACACACGGAGAAAGAGCAUGGCUGAUAAAUUGCAUGAUGAAGAGUCCUCAGAAGAGGACGAGCUAUUCAACUGGGCUAAUGCAAGACCACCAAGUGUACCUGAGGCCCCUCCUCCUGUGGAAAAGGCCAGUUUACCAAAAUUAGCGCCUCCUCCUGAGGCACCUCCUCCACCACCUUCUGAAGAGGCGCCCCUUGUUAAAAAGGCCAGUUCAAAGAAACUGGCUCCAGAAGCACCUCCUACCUCUGAAGAAGCCCCUACUGAAGGCUCAGCUCCGAAGGCAAAGUCAGACGAAGAAAGUGAAGCGGGGACAGCUGAAGAAAGUGGUUCUAAAAAACCUUCGGAAGGGGAAGAGGAAGAGGAAGAGGAAGGAUGACUGUUUUUCUUUUGUGAAUACUGCUGUAUAUUAUCUAGAACACUGUACAAAAUUCUCUUAUUCUUUAUAUGGGAAAUUAUUAAAUGCAUUCCUCUGAU